AUGGGGGUGUCCCAGUGCUUGAUGAAGAGCACCAAAACUGCGAUGAACAUGGAGGAAAGAGAAAAAAUGGCCCAACUGAUCCCCGAAGAUUCAUCAGGAGGUCAGCUGAUUCAUCGCAAUUUCUAUUGUAACCAAAAGCAGAAAUUGAUCGCCACCAUUGGUGCACUUACCUCCCCAAACUCCAUUCAAAUGGCCAACAUCUUAACUAUCUUCAAGGUUCCACAGAUCAGUUAUGGUUCCUUUGAUGUUAAACUGAAUGAUAAAACUCAAUACCCAUAUUUCUUCUCAAUCGUUCCCAAUGAAGUUCAUCAGUAUGUUGGGAUUGUUCAGCUCCUUAAACAUUUUGGGUGGAAUUGGAUUGGCCUAAUCACAUCAGAUGAUGACGAAGGGGAAACAUUCCUUCAAAACUUCAUGCCAAGUUUGGUGCAGAGUAACCUUUGCAUUGCUUUUAAAGAACUGAUUCCAACAGUGAGGAGUUAUAUAAAUCUUCCAGUAGAAAUCUUGGAAAGGAUAGGUUUUAAUAUCUUCGGGAACAAAAUGAACACCAUUCUUGUUCAUGGCAAUCGUCAGUCUAUGGAAGGUUUAAAAAUAAUUCUAUACGUUAAUGAAAUUUCUCGCAAACUACCAAUGGAGAGAGUUUGGAUUAUAACAUCUCAAUGGGAUGUUACAGCUGUUUUCUCUAUGGAACCAUUCACCACAAAAUCCCUCAAUGGCAGUUUAUCCUUUGUGCUGCACACAAGUGUGGUGUCAGAAUUUCAGGACUUCAUUGAGACUAUAAAUCCAUAUGAGUCUAAGAUAUAUAACAUCCAACGAUUCUGGUUCCAAGUAUUUGUCUGCACGCUCCCAUUAUAUAAUCUUGAUUACCCAAAUGCUGAAAACUGCACAGGGAAGGAGAAGAUAAGAAACCUCCCAGAAACUGUGUUUGAAAUGAGAAUGUCUGGUCAGAGUUAUGGCAUCUACAAUGCAGUCUAUGCUGUCGCGCAUGCUCUCCAUGCCAUGUAUUCAUUAAGAACUUGGAAGAAAGCAAUUGUGGAAGGAGGUCAUUUCAGUGUUUAUCCAUGGCAGAUGUAUUUGUAUCUGAGAAAUGUCCGCUUUAACAACAGUGUUGGGGAAGAAAUCUUUUUUGAUGGAAACGGAGACCUGGCAAGUGGCUUUGAUAUCAUGAAUCUGGUCACCUUUCCCAAUCAGACUUUCCAGAGAGUGCGAGUGGGAUGGAUGGACCCCUGGUCUCCUACAGGCGAAGAGUUCACCAUUAAUGAAAGUGCCAUUGUGUGGAAUCAGAAGUUCCAGCAGAGUGUUCCUAAGUCUACAUGUGUCCCGAACUGCCACCCUGGACAUAGUAGGAUUGUUCAGGAGGAGAAGCCCAUUUGUUGCUACACGUGUGUUCAGUGCGCACCAGGAAGCAUUUCAAACCAGACUAAUGCCGACCAAUGUGAGAAAUGCCCUGAAGAUCAAUAUCCUAAUAAGAAACAGGAUCAGUGCAUUCCUAAAUCGAUCACCUACUUAUCCUUUCAGGAUCCAAUGGGAGCAGGCUUGGCUUCUGUUGCCAUUUUGUUUUUUGUGAUUGCGGUUGCUGUGAUGGGGAUCUUUGUGGCACACUGGAACACACCUAUUGUGAAAGCCAACAACUGCAGCAUCACAUGUAUCCUGCUCUCCUCUCUGAUGCUUGGCCUUCUGUCUUCCUUCCUCUUCAUUGGUCAACCUGGGACUGUGACCUGUCUCCUCCGACAAAAACUCUUUGGCAUCAUCUUCUCCCUUUCAGUUUCUUGUGUCUUGGCCAAAACCAUCACUGUGGUUCUUGCCUUUAUGGCCACAAAGCCAGACAACAGGAUGAGGAAAUGGGUGGGGAAGAGACUGGCUCUCUCAGUCAUCUUUUUUUGUUCUUUGAUUCAAACUGUCAACUGUGCCGCAUGGCUGGCAACCUACCCCCCUUUUCCAGAGUUGGACAUGCACUCCCAGCUGACUGUUAUCAUUGUACAAUGUAACGAAGGCUCAGCAGUCAUGUUUUACAUCGUUUUGGGGUACACGGGUCUUCUGGCCAUCAUCAGUUUCACUGUGGCUUUCCUAGCACGAAAGCUGCCUGAUUCUUUUAAUGAAGCCAAGCUGAUCACCUUCAGCAUGUUGGUCUUCUGCAGUGUUUGGGUGUCCUUUGUCCCCACAUAUCUGAGCACCAAGGGGAAAUACAUGGUGGCCGUGGAGAUCUUCUCCAUCUUGGCCUCUAGUGCCGGCCUAUUGGCUUGUAUCUUCUUUCCCAAAUGCUUCAUUAUUUUAGUCCGGCCACAGCUAAACACCAGAGAGCAGCUAGUAAGGAAAAUUUAA